AUGGUUAAACGUCAAGAACUUGAUGCUCUUUUACUGCGUGACACAAACGUAGCGGCUGUCGCGAUAGACUAUGGCUCCCACUCUAGAAACUCUACGCCACCUAUCGUCCAUUCUCGAGAUGACAAGAACGUAGAACUCGAGUUGCUUCAAGAUGGACCUCCACCGAGACUUCUGUCUCCUGAGGUCUUGGCAUUACUGAUGCAAUACGCAGGAAUUGGGUUUGUCAAUGGAGUUCUGCCUGCCGUCAUUUAUCCUGUGCUGCAAGGGUACCUGAAUGCAGAGGGAACCAUCAUUGUGUCUGCAACGCUGCUGGUUCAGCUCCCGUGGUCCUACAAGGUGUUCUUAGGGGUCCUCAGCGACUGCUUCCCAAUUCAGGGCUUUCGUCGACGACCGUAUAUGCUGAUCGGCUGGGCACUCUGCUGUUCGAUGCUGUUUCUGAUGGCGAGUUUCCCCGAACCAGCUCCAUACUACGGUGACCCGAGCAUGCAUUUCACUAGUCCUGACGAUUGGACGGAUUCUCAGCACCAGAGUAUCAAUGUGGACGCACCUGAUGCUGCCAACAAGUACGUGCUUCCCAUGAUGAUGGCUGCGUUCGGGUAUCUACUAGUCGAGGUUCCUGCUGACGCAGUCACGAUUGCGUACGCACAGCGCGAACCGAUUGGUUCUCGUGGCCGGUUGCAAUCAUGGAUCCACAGUCUCCGCAUGGGAUCCAGUGCUAUCGGAGCGCUUGCAGUUGCCGUCGCGUUCAAUGGUGCCGAGUACGGUGGCUCGUUUGACUUCUCGCUCACUUUUCCACAGCUAAUGUUCGUCAUGGGCUGCGUGUGUCUUCCUCUCGGACCGGCCGCUUGGUUCCUCGUCCAUGACCGCAGAGUGGCUCCACCCAAGUUUGGCGUGUACAUGGCUCAAUUUUGGCAAGUCCUGCACAAGCGAGCGGUGUACCAAGUCACAGCUUACAAGUUCUUCUCGGGCGUCUUCAAUAACUUCAACAUCGUGUCAUCGAGCAACAUCAAGCUAUAUUGGGUCCACGCCACGCCAUUCAAUGCGAGCAUCAUGGCGAUUGCUGGCACGUUUACGUACGCUGGGACCCUGGCUGUCAUGGCUCAGCGUGGACUGCAGUGGAACUGGCGCAUUGCCAUUGCUGCCAGCGUCAUCUUUGGUGUCGUCACCGACUGCUCGAUGACAAUGCUCGUUACGUGGGACGUCAUUCGCAGCCAAUGGUUCUGGCUCGGGGUGCCCGUCAUUGGCGAAGUGCCCCAUGCAGUGCGCUUUAUUGUGAGCAACUACAUCGUUGUCGAGCUCAUUGAACCGGGCACGGAAGGCGCGUUGUACGGAUUGCUGACGACCACGAACCACGUGGCCGCGCCUUUUGGUCGCACAGUUGCCAAGCUUAUCAAUGCUCGGUUCCAUGUGUGGAAGGACGACAUUAUCGCGGACACGUACGAGACGCGUCGCAAUGUGACGUUUAUGAUCUGGCUAUGCUACGGCAUGAAGCUGAUCUCGUUGCUCUUUCUGCCGUUACUUCCGAAUCAACGAGAGUCGACGCAAACGCUUCGUCGCCAAGGUCAAGUGAGCAGAUUUAACGGGAUGUGGAUGAUGGUGAUUCUCAUUAUAGCGCUGAUGUGGUUUACGAUUGUCAACGUCUUGAGCAUGAACCCAGCAACGAAAUGCUGGACGGUCACAGGAGGCUGUGCGCCCCGUUUCUGA